AAAAUCGUAGAAAGAAUGGCGGUUGGAUCGACAAAAGUGGUGCAGGUAACUAAUAUCGCGCCUCAAGCGACUAAAGAUCAAAUGCAAACCUUGUUUGGGUAUCUCGGAAAAAUAGAGGAUAUCAGAUUGUAUCCUACUAUACGAGACGUCGCGGUACCCGUUCAGUCUCGUAUUUGCUACAUAAAAUUUCAUGACCAAGGAUGCGUCGCUGUUGCUCAGCACAUGACAAACACUGUCUUUAUUGAUCGUGCGCUGAUCGUGAUCCCUUACCAGAAUGGAGACAUUCCAGACGAACAAAGAGCCCUCGAACUGACAAACAAUGGCACAGUUGUUCCAGGUCUAUAUCCUUCGGAGCCUAAACUACCACCGAACUUUGUAAACGCAAUCGAAGGCAUUCCACCGAAUCAUGUCAUCACCACUAUAGAUCCGAAAUUGGAGUCGAACGGUUUGCCACCUUAUCCACAUCUGCCUGGUCAUUUGGAUAGUCGAAGGAUAGAAGAAAUUAGGAGAACGCUGGUCCUCGCUAAUCUGGAUCCUUCCGUGACGACGGACCAUCUAUUAGACUUCUUCAGUACUAACAGCGUCGAAGUUAAAUAUUUACGUAUGUGUACCAGAGAUUCGGAUGCUGAACAUUACGCUCUAGUAGAGCUAUCGGAACAAGCAACUGUAGUCUCCGCGUUACUACUGAACGGAAAAAUGCUUAUGGACAGACCCAUUAAAAUUUACCACUCCACCCAAGCAAUAGCUAAGCCAGAAGCAAAGAGCAACGAGGCAGCACAGAAAGAAAUCGAAGAAGCUAUGUCGAGGGUGAAGGAAGCUCACAAUUUAAUUUCAGCCGCGAUAGAUCCAAUGAUCGGUAUGUUGUCGAAGGACAAACGAAGCCGCAGUGGUUCCCGCAGCCGAAAAUCUCGAUCAAGAUCAAGAGGGCGUAGUAGACGAUCCAGAUCGCGGAAAAGAUCCCGUUCUCGCCAUAGACGUUCGCGUUCCCGUCAUCGACGUAGAUCAAGAUCACGAUCGAAACGUUCCCGUUCCAAAGAACGCAGACGAAAAUCUCCGUCGCGCAGGAGAAGCAGUUCCCGCGGCAGACAUCGUUCUCGUUCUCGAUCUCGGCGUUCUCGGUCACGCAGAUCAAGAUCUAGAUCGAAAGAUCGGAAAAAGAGAUCUCCGCGGCGAAGGAGCCGUUCGCGAUCUCGCAGUAAACGGUCAAAAUCAAAGUCUAGACGAUCCAGAUCCAAAUCGAAGUCCAGAUCCUCCAAGUCGAAAUAUUCAGAAAAAACCAGGGACAAGGACAAAGAGAGAAGGAGUAAAGAUAAGUCGGACAACGGGAAGAAGGGCGACGGCGACAAACCUGACAAGGAGAAAAGCGAAAAGAAAUCCAGCAAAGAGAAGAAGUCGGAGAAAGAGUCAAAGUCCGAGGAAAAGAAUAGAAACACGUCCGAAAAUAGCGAAACGAAAGAGAAAACAGAGUCUGAAAAUUAAAUUUUGACAAAUCACGGUCUACAGGAGGUUCAUUUUGUUUAUUUAAUGUUACGAUAUACCGUAAUGUAUUGAUCAAUAAAAAAAUUCGAGAAUGUAACAUUUUCAAGUAUUGUUCUAGCUCGUGCAUACGUACGAGAUCUAUACAGUUAUUAUUAAAUGUAAUAUUGCAUUAAACUGCCCUCAUUGAAACGAUAA